UCUCCACCGUCCAUGCCAAACAACAGACACAGGAGGACAGGGACGGGGAGGAUGGACAGAUGUUUCAGCUGUGCGGAUGGAAACUCCACAUCUGUGCCUGAUCUCAUAUAAAAUGUGAAAGGAAGUAACUCCAAAAGGAGCGGGGCUGGCCAGACUAACAGAGCCAAGUCAGUGAGAAGAGUUCCUCAAAACAAAAAUGAGACAUCAACAUUUCACAGUGAUCAGCUUCGCUCUCUGCCCACUCCUCUGAUUACAGACGAAACCCGGAGAAGCUCAACAGAAACCUGAACAUGGCAGUUUAUGGUGAAAUGAUUCUGUGGAGCUUCGUGUUCCUGCUGGCAGAUGCUGUGGGUGUAACUGUGAUCUUUCCUUUCACGUCUACCUGUGCUGUCAGAGGAUCCACUGUCACCCUCCCCUGCACCUUCACACCUCGGAAGUCUUUCAGUGAUGGUCAGAGAGAAGUUCCUCUAAAGAUCGUCAGAGUCCGCUGGUGUAAGAACCAUUCAGUCUGUCAGGAGACCACUCCGUCUGUGUGUGACAGUGACUCAACAAACAACGAUCCUCGUUAUCAAUAUCUGGGAGACAUGAAGACAAACUGCACUUUACAGAUCAGAGAUGUUCAGCAGGGAGACAACGCAACCUUUCGCUUCAGGAUGGAAGCUGAUAAUUCUAAAGGACAUUUUACUAACCAGACAGGAGUGACUGUCAGAGUUGUUGAUGGGACCAAAUUGAGAAUAAUCCGCUCCAGUGAUGAUAAAAACACCAGCAGAGGUGAAACCGUCACACUGCUCUGUGCUUCAGUCUGCACUAAACACCAACUGGAGGUCAAGUGGUUCAAAGAUGGCCACACCCUCUCAGAGACUGGCCCCUCCCUCCAUCUCAGCCCUCAGACUGCAGAGGAUUCUGGGAGCUACACCUGUGCUCUGAAGAAGAACAUGAAGACUCUCUCUGAGCCGUACAGCCUGCAGGUGGAGGCUGGAGCAGCUGAUGGUGUCCUUCGUCUGGUACUUGGUGUGGUGUUUGGUCUCCUGCUGCCUGUGAUCCUGCUCCUACUCUUCAUCUUCAUCAUCAAAAGGAAGCUGGCAGCAGCAGAGGAUCAGAGGGCUGUGGGAGGUGAUCCGGAGCAGAAGCAUCCUGAUAGCAUCUACAGCAACAUCAUGAAGUCUGCACAAACUGAGGCAGCUCAGCAGCAGGAACCGGCCCGAGCCGUGGAGGACGUCAGCUACGCCUCCGUCCAGUUCAAACAGAAGAAACAGGAGGGCAGGCGCCUGCAGGCGGCCGACGAUGACGUUGUCUAUUCCUCAGUGUCCAGUCGAGGAUGAAUCGCAGCUCUCUCACUCCCUCGAUCCACCAAUCAGCUGCAGGAAGCUGUGAGCUGUGGCAGUUUGUGUUAAUCUGUUUGAUGAAGCUGCGGCUCCACUCUGACUUUAUACAGAACUAUUAAAAAACUUCAGAGAGAUGAACCAAAGGUGUAUCUGCAGCUCUGUGGUGCAGCAUGUGUGCUGUAAGGUGGAGGAAGUCAUGAAUGCAUCUCAGUGCAAACUGGAACGCUGUUGUCCUGUCCAUAUGGGGAAUAACUCACAAUCUAAUUAUUUGUUUCUCAGAUCCUCUUAGUUCCCCAUAAUCUGCUCUACACUCUCUCUGUUAUUCCACAUCCAUUAUUUUCCCAGUCAUCUGGAAGCUGGUUUGAAACUGGAGUCUGAGUGAAGGACCCAGCACACUUCUUCUUACAGUGCUCAUUAAACCAGGAGGAGGAAAAAUGCAACAAUGCAGACUUUAUACUCUUCAGAGUCUGAGCUGCUUUUCUCUGAUCAGCUCGUCUGGUUGUUCUGAGAACAAAAGGUAAAACUUUACUGAACCACAACCAUCGUUGUGUCCUCCACGUGCUGCCCGAUCUGAGCCGAGCGAUCUGCACACAAUUCACUUUUAAAGCCGUACAGAUGAUUAAGUUUAGGAUUAGAAGGCCUUGUUGGUCCCAGGCCUGUAUCACUGCCACUUAAUUCAUUUGAUCCUUCAUUGUCUCUGUGACUGUCACACAUCCAAAACAUAAUGUUUGGUUAGUGGUCACACGUCUGCAAAACCUGAGAAAAUGAGCUGAACCUUCACUAAAUCUGUGACCUCGUUAAAUGUUUCCCAGUGAGUUAAAGGCUCGUCUGCAGUUUGAAGCUUUGCUGAAUGAAACAUGAAGUUCAUUUCAAGUGCUGAUGAUGGAGGAGAGUUUGCUUUAUGGGGUUCAUUUCCAUACUUCUUCUGCUUUACUCGAGCACUUAAAGCACUUUACACAACAUCUCUGAUUCACCCUUUCAUAAAAGCACUUUCUGUCUACAUUCACACACAUUCAGUCGUCCACACAGACGCCCCAUAUGCAGAAAUGGAAAUGAAUAACCGGCUUAUUUUUACCCUGUCAUGGCUGCCAGAGCUGUAUGAGUCCACUUCUUUAUACCAGCACUGGCUCAGUGAAAUUAGCAACACAUUAAGACUUCCUCAGAAGUUUUGCAGCUUGAUUGCAGAACUUUGGAGGAAGGAAGUAGUUCUCCUGUUAUUUUCAGGUAUUAUUCUUGUCAUGGUCCCCGUGUCUGCCGGCCGGCCCCACAAGGCUACAUUUGUUGUUGUUUUUCCUCUCACUCUCUCUCUCUCUCUCCCUCGCUGCUCCGCCUGGGCGGAGCUCACUGCGGGCUUCCGCCCUUUGCAAAUUCACCUGUUUGUCAUUAUGUUGCCAUCAUGAGUUUGCCAUUGAAGGCCGGGACGCAGACCCUCUCAUUGCUGGAUGAUUGUGCGAGACCCUUUUGCCCGGACCUGUGACCUACCCGCUGUGUGCAUUGGAGUGUAGAAGAAGAGAACAUGUGUUCCCUUGGACCCUAGGAACCCUGGAUUUUUCUCCUCUGUAUGUAUUCUGCACCUGGUAAUUGUAAAUAAACUCUGUGUUUGGAACUGAAAACCCGCUCUGUCCUUGAGACUUCGCUACUUGUGACAAUUUUGUCUGUUUUUAAAUUAUCCAAAAGUCUUACGAGCCUGAGUCUCGGUUUCACUGUUAGAGCCGCCUCACUCGUCACAUCUCGAGUCAAAAUACCAAAACAGAGUCUUAAAAACAUGAACCUGUGAUGUCAUGAUGGGCCUUCUGGACAUCUUCUAUGUACAGUCUGUGUUUCAGUGUCACAACUUCUGUUUUUGUCCAAAAUGUUUUUAUUUGUUAUGAACAUAUUACUUUAUUAAA